AGAAUCCCCUUCUCUCUGUAGGUCAGCUAUGUCAUCUGAGCCUCCCCCGCCGCCGCCGCCGCAGCCCCCCACGCAUCAGACUUCUGUCGGGCUGUUGGACACCCCUCGGCCCCGGGACCGCUCUCCAUCCCCGCUGCGGGGCAAUGUGGUCCCCAGCCCUCUGCCCACCCGCCGGACAAGGACCUUCUCAGCGACUGUGCGAGCGUCACAGGGCCCUGUCUACAAAGGAGUCUGUAAAUGCUUCUGUCGGUCUAAGGGCCACGGCUUCAUCACCCCGGCUGACGGUGGCCCUGACAUCUUCCUGCACAUCUCUGAUGUGGAAGGGGAGUAUGUUCCAGUGGAAGGCGACGAGGUCACCUAUAAGAUGUGCUCUAUCCCACCCAAGAAUGAGAAACUGCAGGCUGUAGAGGUGGUCAUCACCCACCUGGCACCAGGCACGAAGCAUGAGACCUGGUCCGGGCACGUCAUCAGCUCCUAGGGACCUGCAAAGAACCCCUUCUCCUGGGCUUGAGGGAGACUUUGGGGGGAGGAGGAGCAGGGCCACCCUGGAUAUAAUGUUCUACCACACGAGAUGGGGCCUCAAGGUGGGUGUGGCCCCUUUCAAACAUUUCCUGGAGGAAGGAGUUGUGGGCAGCAGGGGUACUCUCAGCCACCAGUACAGCUAGCCUCUAGCCAUUGCAACAAGCUCUGUCUGAAAAGCAUUAAAAGCAUUUGAAAAGGAGAGGCACCUGCAGAGGUUGAGUGGAGAGGGUCCAGUCAAGACGGGUAGGCCAAUACAUGCUAUUUUCCCAGAAGCCCCCUCCAGAUCAAGCAAACCUGUAAGACUCCUCCUGGAACUAGAGACAAAACCCCCAGAUCUAUUUGGCCUCCUGAAGGAUGUUGCCAGCCCUGUGAGAUUUUCCAAGACCCAGUGCCCUGUCUAACUUGGGACCACGUCAGAUCCAGCUUCUGAGGGAGCUGGCUUAUGGAUGUGGGGCGCUUUCCUGGGGACUUUGUCUCUUGGUACCUUUGCAGCAGGUGUGUCUCCGCCUUCUGGGAAAGAGUCCAACCCUUGGGAGCUCCUGCUCUAGCCUGAGGCUGGGCCAGGCUAGGGCGCUGACCCCACUCUUGAGAAGGUUGGUCUUUUCCACUUGCUAGGGCUAAGGCAGCCUCCCUGUGGUAUUAAGCCUAUCAUUAAGGCAGUGCUGAAAGUGGCUGUGGGGGUGGGGAAGAGAAGAGCUUCUGCAGGAAGGACAGUGGAGGGGGAGAGGU